UGUGUUCCUCGUGCUCCAGCCCUUGUUCCUCCAUAUGAAGCGCGAAUCUCUUGCCAUGUCAUCACUUACCUGAAAAAUUGUGUGGAGUUGGACUUCUCUGUACAAAGCGAAACUUGCAAUAUCGGUGGUAAAUGUUCCGUACCAUGCAACUGAAGACAUCUCGUGAAAAAGACGACGAUUCGCGCCGAGCAUCAGAAUACAGCUCUCUCCAUCUGUUGCCAUAACCUCAGCCCAAAUCUUGUGUCUCGACGUCUGGAUACUUAACACACUCUAUCUGCCCACGGAGACUGUACCAGAGAGAGCUUCGUAACUAAUUCCAGCCAAGUGUCGUUUGGGCGACGUGGUGACACUCAUUUCCUGAUCAGCACGAGACAGGCUCUGGGUCCAAGUCGACACAAUUCGUGGUUUGUAUCCUGGUUCUGCAUGAGGCACUGCAUGUGACGGUGGGUAAAACUGAGAAGAAGAAGUUUGUGGUGCGUGUAGGGUCGUAGCUGCUGCAGAAGGACCGUAGGUGGUAAAAGUGAAGUUGUGGGGUGGGAAUCGGGUGGAGAGUGAGUUGGUCAGGAGAGUUGUGCGUGUGACGAAUUUCGGGUGGUGAGAGUGAUCGCUGGAACAGACCGUCGAUGUUUCGAUGGGUGGGUGAUGUCUAUAGAUUUCGAAUUCAGUUGAGAUACAAGUUGGAUUGUUUUCAGCCUCAGAGGUGCAAGCUGCUGCGUGUUGACACUUAACUGAAUCACCGGCGUGACAAGUGGACUCGAUUUGUUUCAUGGUUUGAAUCUGGUUCGAUCUUAAAGGUCGUGUCUGUAUAUUCUUGUGUGCGGCGAAAAUAGCUUCGGUUAUACGUUCUUGAAGUAGCUAAGACUCACGGCCCCAUUAGAUGUGACAAUUCUAAAAACGCUCCAGAUGCUUCGAUGCUAGAAACGUCAUGGUUGACGAGAGUUCCACGAACGUUUCAGCUCUUAUUGUAACCAUGGGAGGAACCACAGGAAUUGAGAAGAAUCGCAUUUGCGCUGAAGAGAUUAUGACCACUUUCACAUUAAAGUGCUCACCGGAACUUAGACAAGUUCGGCAUUACGCCUCGUAGUAGUUAAGCAAAUUUGCACAAGAAAUGUUCAUUCCUUCUCGUAAUCAAUCAAUGCCGAAAUAGAGUUGAGAAAGAUUGGACCAUAUACUAUACUCACGAAUUCGUCAUCCAUUAGUCACAGUGGAAAGAAGAGUAGGUAAAUUGGUGACGACUGGAUUCUGCCAAGACAUCCCUCUCACAGCUUGAUGCAGCGCGCCGCAUAACGAUCACGCAAGGACGGCGGCAAAAGUGCCCAAGUAAUGUCCCGGCGAGCAUGCAGUAGUAGCAGAGACGUUUGCUUGGUGGGUUAUCCUGGACGAAAGCAUCAUGGGAAAGACAGAUGCAGGAUCGGGAAGUAGUAGAUCAUGUACGAAGAAAAAUAUGCGCCAAGCACCCGCUAAGGGCUCCAAGAGGGGAUGCAUGAAGGGGAAGGGCGGGCCUGAGAAUGCUUUGUGCACAUAUAGAGGAGUGAGACAACAGACGUGGGGCAUGUGGGUGGCUGAAAUUCGGAAGCCAAAUCGGGGCCUUAGGUUAUGGUUGGGGACGUAUUCGACAGCCGAAAUCGCUGCGCUCGCUUAUAAUUCCGCGGCGAGAAUUCUCUACGGUCCUAAUGCGCUUCUUAACCAACCAAAUCGCACACCUAAUGGUUCUAACCCUGAUGAGCACAUGGAUCGUACAACCGCGACGUAUUCAUCAGCUUCCUCAGCUGAGAUUGGAAAUUUAGGUGGUAAAAGCUUUCAGAAAAUCGAGAGAGUGCCAUGCAAACUUCGCAGUGGAGGAGCUGAGCCGCAUUCACAAGCAGGCAAGGAGGGCAGGAGCGCCGCGUCCUUCACCACUCCUGAGUCACUCGCAGAUCACGACAUAGAUACAGCCACUUCGCUACAAGCCCUCCAGAUGUUGGCUGCCGACGUAGUGCUUCCGGAUUCCGAGCCUCCAAAACCCUGGCCAUGCGACCCGAAGCCCGAGUUCAUCGACAAGGCGUGGUUACAAGAAUCCAACCAACCCAGUUUCCUUCCUCCCAAACAACUCAUCAAGGAUGUUCUCGAAAACGACCACGACAUCUUCAAUUUCAAACUGGACAACGGCAGCGACUUGGCCCCACCCCUGCAACUGGAAACGACCAGCGGCCUCAACGAGAUCACAACCACCAUCGGCGCAUUUUCCGAAGCCCGUUGGACGAAGAACGAGUGCGGUUCGGACAUGCCCGAGGCAAUGCCGGAGUCGGAUCAAUCGAACGGCAGCACCUUCACCUCCACAACCCACACAAUGGAUACAACGGUAGACGUAGCCUCAUUGGGCGAUCUCAACGACGAGGAUCUGCAGAUCCUGAUGCAACUCUGGUCGCCGGAGCUCGCGUCGUACGCUUGGAAUGCGGCGUCGGUAGAGUUGUCGGUAUCGCGAUGAAACUGUGCAUGGGCCGCGAUCUGCACUUAGGGUUGAGUCGAUGGCCAACUAUUGUAUAAUGCAAAUCAACCUCUUUUGUUU